UGUUGUUUCAUCCAUCAUCCAUGGCUAUGGCUUCCAUCGUCCGCACACUCUUUCUCUUAUUCUUCUUUCUCUUCUCUGUAGCCUCCCCCUCCACCUCAACCCACCACCACCACCACCCACUGGACCCACUCUCACCAUCCGAACUCGCCAACGUAAGCGCCAUAAUCAAAAGAUCGAACCCAAGCUCCACCCACAAACUAACCUUCCAGUACAUUGGGUUGGACGACCCAGACAAAUCAACUGUGAUUUCAUGGCUAUCAAAUCAGACCACCACUACUACAACCCCUCCUCGUCGAGCUUUCGUCAUCGCUCGCAUCGACCAACAAAGCCACGAAAUCACAGUCGACUUAUCGACCAACUCCAUUGUCUCCGAUCGAGUCUACACCGGAUACGGCUAUCCUCUGCUCACCCUCGAAGAACAGGCAGAGGCAGAUGAGCUGCCGAUGAAGUACGCACCAUUUCAAGCUUCAAUCAGAAAGAGAGGUCUCAAGUUAUCAGAAGUUGUGUGCCAGACGUUCUCAGUUGGGUGGUUUGGAGAAAGGAAACAGGGCAAGAGGCUGUUGAAGAUUCUGUGUUUUUACUUGGACGGAACAGUCAAUCUUUACAUGAGACCUAUAGAAGGCAUAACAGUUGUGGUUGAUCUUGAUGAGAUGAAGGUAGCCAAUUAUUACGACAGGUUCACAGUUCCGGUACCGAAAGCUGACGGAACCGAGUACCGAGCCUCGAAGCAGAAGCCGCCCUUUGGUCCAUCUCAUAACGGCAUGUCGGUCGUGCAAUCGGACGGACCAGGAUUCAAGAUUGAUGGACAUACUAUCAGGUGGGCCAACUGGGUCUUCCACCUGGGUUUCGACGCCCGAGCGGGUCCAAUCAUAUCAUUAGCUUCGAUCUACGACGUCGACAAGCAGAAAUUCCGACGAGUGAUGUACAAGGGAUAUGUGUCCGAGUUGUUCGUGCCAUACAUGGAUCCAACAUUUGAAUGGUACUACAAGACCUUCUUUGAUGCAGGAGAAUUCGGUUUCGGCCUCUGUUCGCUUUCACUCGAGCCCUUUACCGACUGCCCGGCCCAUGCCGAAUUCAUGGACGGGUAUUUCGCCGGCCGAGAUGGGCAGCCAAUAAAGAUAUCCAAUGUUAUUUGUGUCUUCCAGCGGUAUUCAGGAGAUAUCAUGUGGCGACAUACUGAAGCCGGUAUCCCAGGGAAAGUGAUAAGGGAGGUUCGACCGGAGGUGAACCUAGUGGUUAGGAUGGUUUCAACAGUGGGCAACUAUGACUAUAUCAUCGACUGGGAGUUCAAGCAAAGUGGCUCCAUCAAAUUUGGGGUUGGGCUCAGUGGUCUACUAGAAGUGAAGGGAGUGACGUACACUCACAGAGACCAGAUAAAAGAGAACGUUUACGGAACGUUGUUGGCAGAGAACACCGUCGGCGUAUAUCACGAUCACUUCGUAACCUAUUACCUUGACCUCGAUGUUGAUGGGGAAGACAACUCAUUCGUCCAGGGCAAGUUGAAAACAAUGAAGAUAACUGACAACAGCUCACCUCGCAAGAGCUACUGGACGGUCGUCAGCGAGACGGCAAGAACUGAAUCCGACGCACGGGUUCAGCUGGGUCUGCAGCCGGCCGAGUUUCUGGUGGUUAACCCAAAUGAGAAGACCAAGGUGGGGAACCAAGUGGGUUACCGUAUUCUUCCCGGGUCGCUGGCAGGACCCCUUCUAUCGGAUGAUGACUAUUCACAGAUCCGUGCCGGGUUUACGAAAUACCAAUUAUGGGUUACUCCGUAUAACAAAUCCGAGAAGUGGGCGGGUGGGCUGUAUGCGGACCAGAGCCGAGGGGGUGACGGUUUAUCCGUUUGGAGCUCCAGGAAUAGAGAGAUAGAGAACAAGGACAUCGUGUUGUGGUACACGUUGGGGUUUCAUCAUGUGCCAUACCAGGAGGAUUUUCCGGUAAUGCCGACGCUAAGCGGCGGUUUCGAGCUCCGACCAGCCAACUUCUUUGACAACAAUCCGGUGCUGAAAGCACAGCCUCCUAAGCGUGUAUCAUGGCCUAACUGCACUACAACGCAUAUAUAGCUGAAUUUGUUUGGUAUAGCUUUUAUUUAUUAAAUAAACAUUAGCAGUAAGUGAAUAGAUAUUCAAUUAUCAGGAGAAGUUUCUCCCAAUGGUUGGUGUACAUAUAAAUCAAAAUCCACUUUUAUGAAAAUAUCAAUG